AUGGCGAAUACAUAUCCCCAGCUCGUAGCAUUUGAUCUAGACUAUACCCUUUGGGACCUGUGGAUCGAUUGUCAUGUCUCUGGCCCACUUAGACGAGAAGGAGACGCGAUAAAUGAAAUCUUAGAUACUUAUGACCAGACCAUCAGUUUCUAUCCUGAAGUUGCAUCCGUCUUACAUAGACUCAAGUUUGCCGAUGCAAAGAUAGCGGCAUGCUCAAGGACUAGUGCGCCAAAGCUUGCACGGCAGGCCUUGAACUUGCUGUUAGUACCACCAUCGAAGGCGGAGCCUGAUGAACUACCUAGACGAUCCAUAGAAUAUUUUGACGAACUUGAGAUAUAUCCCGGUUCAAAACUUCAGCACUUUAGGGAACUACAUAGAAAGACCACGAUCCCGUAUUCACAGAUGCUAUUUUUUGAUGACGAGCACCGGAACAAGGAAGUUGAGAAACUGGGUGUGACGUUCAUAUACGUCCCGCGCGGAUUAGAUGAGAAGGUGUUUGAAGCCGGACUAACAGAAUGGCGACGGCGCCACCUUGUGCCCGAGCCAGAGUCCGAAACAGCAGGAGAUUGAAAACAUUGCGACCCUUUCCUUGCACGUUGGAAAAUUAUUGGUGCUGGUUUGUUACUAGAUGAAAGUAGAACGUAUAAUAGAUAUCAUGAAGGAUCCACAUACAUCCUCCAGUCC